ACAAAACAACGGUGCGCCAUCUACGGGAAACUUUUGCACAAGAUUUUGAUAUUUGCAAGUCUCGAGUAUUCAGCUGGCUGCAUACGGAGAGCCUGGCUUCGCCGCGCCUAAGCUACUCCGAUACAAAUCUGGCGUGUACCGUUCCUAAUUAGACUAUUUCUGCUGCCUAGCUAUCGUAUAUCUCGAACGUAAGUGCAACGUUUAUCAGCGUAAUUCUGAAGACGUUUGAAAUUGGAAGGUUUAGAGUCUUUCAUCAUGGAAUUCACUGCUGCAGCUGCUAGUGAGAGAAAGGGAGGACUGUUUCCCAGUGCAUCUGCUAUCAAAACAGUGACAAGACUAGAAAAUGAAGAAGAACCGAAUUGGCUCACCAAUCAGAGCUUCGAUCCAAAUGUAGCCCAGUACAGAGCUCAUUGUCAUGGAAACGAUGAUGCCUACAAUUACAAGCAAGAGACCAAUGUCACAGUUCAUAACCUACUAGACAAUAGUUCAUAUCAAAGUCUCUCUGCCAAGCUUCUUCAACCCACCGUUAAGGAGGAAUACAUGGUCAUACCUGAUGAAAAUGAUCCAUCAAGUUCAGCAAAUUUAAGAAGUGAUAUAGUGGUAAAAACAGAAAGGGAUGAGAGGAAAGAGGUGUUACAGAGGAGGCAGUCUGAUUCUGAUUCAGUUUCGAGUAAUGAGGACCUUCGCAGAGAGGAAAAGCACAUAACUUCCAAAGUGAAGGUAGAAGAUGUGAAGCAUAAACCUCCUAACAGGGAUAAGAAGCACAGAAGCAGAGAGGAUUCUCACAGACAUAAGAAAAGCAGAAAGGGACAUCACAGGUCGGACCCUAGCCCUGAGAGAGACAACAGGAAACACAAAAAGAAAAAGAGCAAACAUAAGGAAGACCGGGAGAAGAAGAAGCAGAAAGGAGAUAGAGAAAGGAGCUCCAAGUCCCACGCCAAGGAGUACAAGAGCCACAAAGCUCGACCCUCGUCUAUAUGGAUCGACGACAUUGGUUUCAUACCAGAGACUCCUUUCUAUGUGGAUGAAAAAUCAGACAGGAACAAUCUUUGCUUCAAGACACUUAACCACACAGACCUUGCCUUCUACCGAAGACUUGGAAAAUCCUGCCUUGGACUAGAUAGUGAAAAGCAAAUGGUAGACUGGAGAGAUGGGAAGGAUAAGAAGAAAGAAAAGAAGCAUUCAGGCAAUGUUAAAAGGUACUUUGAACAAGUUUAUACCGUUGAUGAUGUGGAAAGAGUUCCUGCUGCAGAGAGAAAGCAGGAUGAAAGCGCAGGUAUGGAUAUGAUUCUGGAGAAGAAAAGUGCAGAAAUGCCUUACAUACCCGUCAAGUCCUCUAUGAAUAAUUCCACAACCAAUACUGAAUGUGAGAAUGUUUCGCAAGUCCAAGAAACAAGCAAAUCUGGUGGUAGUGGCUUGUCAGAAGAGGUCGCUUCAUAUAACAGACACCUCCAAGAACACCCCGGUGACAUCGCAAAAUGGGUCGAGUUUGUGCAGUUUCAGGACCAGGCAUUUCAAUCCAUCAACUCACAAGGGUCUGAUGAUCACCAAAGCACCAUGCCAAUCAAGACCUCCAAGAGAGAACAGUUGAUUGUUGAGAAGAAGCUGUCCAUCCUGGAGAAAGCUCUGAAGUUGAAUCCCUUGAACGCAGAGCUCCAGCUGGAGCAGAUAGAGCUAUGCAGGGAGACAUGGGAGCUGGGGAAGCUCUCGAGGCAGUGGGACUCUGUCAUCAGACAACACUCUGAGAAUCUCAUCAUGUGGAAGCAGUACCUGGCAUUCAAGCGUUCCUCUUUCAGCAAGUUCACAGUUUCAGGUAUUGCAUCGGUCUACAGUAGAUACCUGAAUGCAAUGGAGGCUCAGGACACUGCGGUCAAGUUAGAUAUUGUGAUGCAGAUGUGUCACUUAUGGAGGCAGUCAGGACAUACGGAAAAGGCUGUAGCAUUGCUUCAAGCUCUAGUGGAAUUCAACUGCUUCUGCCCCGAAAAAGUAAAAGAGUCUACUACACUUGAAGGCAAGAUUGCCUUCUUUGAGCCAUUUCUGGACAGCAAUGAACCUCGAUUUGGACAGCCUGAUGCAAAGGGAUGGGCGAAGUGGAUUGAACAAAAAGAGAAAGGGGGAUGGUCCAGCCAACCACCAGAUUCCAAGGGUAAUGAUGAAGAUGAUUCUGUGAUCAACAAAACACAUCUUGAGUGGCAAGCCUGGUUGCAGGAAGAAAUCCAGCGUGAACGCAUCCACUUCCUCCCAUGGCAACCAACCGGUGGACAGACGGAAGAUGACUGUGAGGAUCCUGAGAGGAUGGUCCUGGUGGAUGAUAUCACUCCAUUCCUCAUCAGUCUGGACUCCGUAGACUUGAAGUUUGAGUUGAUCCUUCAGUUCCUGGACUUUCUAGGGGUGAAGAAGCGAGAGCGCCUGUCCUGUGUGCAUACGACAACACCAGAGACGAUGGAGCAUCCUGCAGAGGUCUUUGGAUCUAGAGGCACAUCUUCCAGUGGAGGUUAUGAUGGAGGAGUGGUGAUGAGUGGAGAAGGAAUGCCAGACUUGUCUCAGUUUGGGAGUCAUGACAAGGAAGCCCAGACAUUCGGUGGAGGACAUGAACAGAACAAAGCUCUUCUUCGCUUCGCGGAUAAUAUCACAACCCAGGCCAUUUCUCUCUUUCCACCAGAAGCAAAGAAGCACCUGACACUGUUGCAAAUGCAGUACAAUCUUCAGACAGUGGAUCCCUCUGCAAGCUUAAAGCAGCAGAAGAAACGGCAGAAAGAAGGCCAGAAGUAUGCGAAGAGGCUGCUCAGCCAGGAGUGCAAUCGUAACAAUCUGUCCUUGUGGGAGGAGUAUGCAAAGUGGGAGUGGCAUAAUGGAAACAAGGUGGAGAGUUGGAGGAUAUUUGAGACAGCUCUGGCAUUCUCAAAUCUCAACCUUGGAGCAGAGGAAGAUGACCAAGAAGGUCUCACCAAACUUCUCUCCACCUAUGCAGUUUUGAAACUUGGAAUCCUCAAGUCACACGCGCCAACGGAGUCAGAGAAAGGUGAUGCCACAUCAACAACCUCAACUUGUAGGCAAGAAGUGUUGCAUGCGCUGACCACUCUUGGGGAGAGGGGCAACUUCACACCCCUGUCAUCAACCCCAGACAAGCAUGUAUCUGCGGGGCGAAUCCUCAAAGCUCGAAAGGGUUACGUUGAGCUGUACAAGAGUGCCACUGACUCUUCUAGGGAUUCUAUACAUUCUUGCCACGUUCGACUAUUCACAUGCUUGGAUCAGCAAGGCUCACAGCUUGUUCACAUUGCCCUUUGCUACGCUCUCUUUCAGUAUCUCAGCGUUGGGAUGCUAGCUGCAGGAGUGGUAUUUGAAGAGACUCUUUCACUUUGGGAUGGACUUCUGCACCAUGUGAACAGCACUAUGGAUGAUGCGGAGAAGGAGAUAGUCCAUCAACAGAUGGUCGUUGAUGCUGAGAUGACUAUGUUGCUCUACACACAGGUUGUGUCUCACCAUGUCCACAGUCAUCCAAUGCCAGUGACGUCAUUGAGGAUCCUCAUGCAGAGAGCCCUUAAAAGGUACAGUAAAAACCCUGAGUUGUUGAAAGGCCUGAUCGACUUAGAAGCAAGGUCUCACAUAGCUGGAAGACUGAGGAGGUACUUUGACAAGGCAACCUCUGAAGCUCAACAUCCCGUGCCGUGGCUCUAUGCCAUCAAUGCUGAGAUCACUAGACUUCAUAGACUGGAGGGAGAAUAUUCAGGUAAGGAGAGUGGCAUCACACACAGGCUUCGCUCAUUGUUUGACAGAGCUUCAUCUAAUAGAUACACACGGCAUUGUGUCCUCUUGUGGCGUCUCUACAUACUCUUUGAGGUGCAGAAUGGUGAACCAAAGAGAGGGAAAGCAAUAUUUUACAGAGCUCUUCAACACUGCCCAUGGGCCAAGAUUCUGUACCUGGAUGCUGUGCGCUACUUUCCUGAAGAACUCCAGGAAGUGCUGGACCUGUUGAUGGAAAAGGAGCUCAGGGUCAGGGCCCCUCUAGAAGAAGUCCAGCUACUCAUGAAGGUAGCACAGAACAAGAAAGAAUGAGUUCACCUCAUCCAUAUCAACAUUUCACAACCAAUUCUAUUGAAAGGUAUUGCUUAAAGGGAUCCGGUAACUUUGUCUUAGAUCCUUUAAAAAAUUCCUUGAUUUAGCUCAUGCUGCAAUGAUGAUUAUAAACCUUUAGGUUAGUCAGGAACGCCUUGAAUUUUACAAGCCCAUCCCCUGUCUGAUUAUCAAGAUAUUUAUGAUUGAAAAUCCAAAUCGAAAUUUGCGUUCAACAAAUGGUUUUCAU